AAAAUUAAUACUGAUCAUCACUAUUAUUUUUCAAUUCGGGACACGGAUGAUAACACCGAUAUAGGUACGAAUUCGAACAGAACACCAUGCAUGACAAAAUAUGAUGUACCGAUGCCAAUUGCCAACAUAUACCACCUACGUUGGACAUCGAGAUGACGGAAGACUGCAGCUACUGCAGUUGCAGCAUGAUGGCGGGUGACAGUUACUGCAGUUGCGAUCGAUCGAUUGUUUACGUGCUCGAUUUGGCGACUCCGCGAUUCGACAUCGGUGUCCGCCAACCUGCACUGCCGACGGACGUCGACGAAUUGUCGUCGAAGAAGUCAAGUAGUGCGUACAAAUCGAUGAUGAUCGCGGCCGGAGAAACGAACGUGGUCGCCAAUUCCGCGGUUCGGAAACGAUUUACGGCCAGCGCGGAAGCGUUGCAUCGCUCGCCGGCGGACCAUCACUGCGGACAAGCCCCCCCAGCCCCGCAGGAGCAGAACAGCCGAAGUGAGGAAGUUCCGUCGGCCGACCGAGACUCCUGCAGCGGUACCGAUGGUUCCGACUUGCAGGCGACCGAUCCGCAAGCUCCUGACUUGUGCACUACCGAGUUUCAGAUUACCGACCAGCUGCAAAAUUAUAACUUUCGCGCAACCUAUGACCCACACGUUGCUAAUUGCUAUGCUAACGACUUCUUCGCGGUCAUCACGCCGAAUGCUAGUGACGACUUUGACGCGGUGGACUUGACAGGAGACGACUACUACCGCCAGAGAUCCGUUGACUUCGGUGGCUGGGAUGAACGUGCCCCCUCUGACUCGGCGCAGGCUCAAUCUCUGGAAAACGGAACCUGGGGGAUCAGGGUGCAGGCUGCAGGAGAUGCCCAGAAGGAAAAAGGUUCGCUAUGGACGAGGUUCAAAAAGUACAUAAGUCGCGGACUGUGCUGUCAACAACAUUAGAUAUCUAUAGAAGGGGUAUCCGAUAAAUACAUUUCUCUAUGCCACGAAAAAUAAAAAAAUGUACGCAGGAUGAACCCAAACUAUUUUAUCACAUAAUCGCCAUUCUUUUCCAUACAUUUUUGAUAACGUUAAAGUAUGGUUUCCCUGCAGCGUCAAACAUGCAGCAUAGGCAGAAAUCCAUUAAAAUUUCAGGGGGCUUACAUUAUUAACAUUAAUAUGUGAGUGGGGGGCUUCGAUCCUAAAAAACUAAAAAAGAGGAGUGGGCUCGACGGUCUUGGGGAGGGGAUAAGCCCCUCAAGCCCCCCUGAUUUCCACCAAUGAGUCAUGCAGUGGAACAGUACGGCCGCGUCAGACCUAUGUCCGGACCGAUAGUGAUGCUAGACGCCAUGUCCAGACGCUGCAGGGAUAACGCACAUUAAUCCGAAAUAGUUUUUUGUUUGAAUCCUCUCGAGUUUCAGUAAAAGGGAACGCGUUAUUUUUGCAGAACCAGUCGCGGUACCUGACACCUGUACAUUUCUGAAGGAUUUUCCUCUCAGAAAAAAUUUAAAUAAAAGUAGCAAAAGUUAGUUGUUAGCAAAAAUAUAUGAAGAAGAUCGGUGAUUAGAAAAAUAUAUAUGUAUGUAAAAAAUAGUUUAUAU